AUGAACCGUCUUCAACAUUUCGUCGACGAAAACGACAAUCUCAUCAAGAAGCUUCCCGAUCAGCUCCAUCACAACGUUAUGGUUCCAUUCAAACGGAGGCUUCCUUCUUCGCUACAACUGCUUGCGGAAGGACUUCUUGAGAUAAGAGAAGAGUAUGAAGAAGAAGAAGAAGAUUAUGCAACUGUGCUUCAGCCAGGUGUUAAAAAGGAGGCUUCUGGUGUUAAUCCUGGAGGAGAGGGAGAGGCCGGAGAAGGUGAAGUUGAAGAUGAUGAAUUUUCACGAAUCAUGUCCAAGUUGAAUGAACUUCAAAUGCAAGAAGAACUGGAGGGUGAGGAUGGCGAUGAUUAUAUAAGUGAAGAACAAGAUUCUUCUGUAGAAAGUAUCGAGGAGAGCGAGUUGCUCGGUGUGGUGAAUGGUAUUGGAGAUAAGACAAAUCACAAUAAGAUAGAUUAUGAGAAAUCUUCUGCGAAACAAGAAUCUAGCAUAUCUGUUCUCGAGAAGCCAAGAGUCAAAGAAAAAGCUAUUCAAGUAUUACCAGAGAGAUAUCCACACAAACAUGUAGAUGAUCUGUUGAAAGCGUUUACUGGAUCGAUCGUAGAGCACGCCCGUAAUCUAGAAACCAACACACACUGCCUAAUGCAGCCUUCAGGGUCUCAGCCAUCAAAACCAGUUUCAAGAUUCAAGGCACAGAGAAGAUAG